GUCCAAACCGACCCAGUUGGCAUUCAGACAUAUUGUUUGUGUUUUGGCUUUCAAUUCAAAUUCUGUGGGUUUCUAAAUUUUACAAAAAAAAUCAAAAAAGUUUUUUAAGGAAAAGAAAGGGGGUGGAAAGACAUGGGGCUGUGCUUCCGCAACAUUAAGCGCCACAUGUGCAUGUUGAUGCGUCAGAACUUUGCCAAAAGUUGCGAAAGCAAGCUGAAUGACCAGAUCAACAUGGAGCUGAAGGCAUGCCACCAGUACUUGGCCAUGGCCUUUCAUUUCGAUCGUUCGGAUAUUAGUUCCCCGGGAUUACAUGGAUUCUUUCUCAAGUCCAGUGCCGAGGAGCGUGAGCAUGCUGAGAAGAUCAUGAAGUACAUGAACAAGCGGGGUGGUCUCAUAAUUUUGAGCAGUGUACCAGAACCACUGCCCUGUUGGAAGAACAGUUUGGAUGCCCUAAAACAGGCAUUGAAAAUGGAACUGGAGGUCAAUCAGCAUCUGCUGGACUUACAUGCUCUAGCUGGUAAGGAAUCGGAUCCGAAUCUCUGUGACUUUAUAGAGGCGAACUUCCUGCAAGAGCAGGUUGAUGGCCAGAAGAUUCUGGCGGAUUAUAUUUGUCAAUUGGAGAAAGCACAGAGCGAUGUGGGUUACUAUCUGUUUGACAAGUACAUGGGUUCGGGCAUGCAUGCACCAAAGUGAAACUGGAAGAAUUCGUAUUGCCAUGUGAAUAUUGAAUAAAGAUUCGUAGCCCCCAA